UCAGUUUCCUCAGUACCAGGAGGCCCGGGCUCACACGGAGGGACAGGUGACGGCACCAUGGAGUACAAUCAGAAACUGGCGGAAAAACUCAGCAUCCUGAACGAGAGAGGGACCGGCGUGUUGAUACGCAUGAACUACAUCAAGAAGUUGUGUGCAGACGUCAAGCUCCGGCCAGCCAUCCUUACAGAAAAAUCAAUGGAGCCUGCCAUCAAAUAUAUCAACAAAAAGUUCCCAAACAUUGAUUUCCGAGGAAACAUCCAAAACCUGAGCAGCAUCCAAAAGCAAAAGUCUGCAGUGAUGGAGGCCACGACCAGCUACUACGACUCUUUUCUGGACGUUAUCGAGUUCAGGGACCACGUCUAUGAGUUGCUGAACACCAUAGACGCCUGCCAGUGCUUCUUUGAUAUUGCUGUAAACUUUGACUUCACCAAGAGCUACUUGGACCUGAUCGUCACGUAUGCCUCUGUCAUCCUCACCCUCGCUCGCAUUGAUGAGAAGAAGGCUCUGGUGGGCAUGUUCAACUGUGCUCAUGAGAUGAUAAAGGGCAGCGGUGACCCCUCCUACCCACGCCUCAGCCAGAUGCUUGUGGAGUGUGAGCAUCCCUGGAAGAAGCUCACUCUGGAGUUUGGACCUCACACCAGGGCAGUGACAGUAGCACUGCUGUCUCUGAGAAUGAUCUACCCAAGAAGGAACCUACCAGCUGAACAAUGGCGGUGCAACCAGCUCCUUAGUCUGCUUAGUUCUCCGGCCACCAUGAUGGAUCCAGUCUGCUGUGACACUAUGGCAUGUGAAUAUCUGCCUUUGGAGGUGAUGGAGCGCUGGAUCCUCAUCGGCUUCCUUUUGUGCCACGGCAGCCUGAACAACGACCAGGCCUCUCAAGAGCUGUGGAAAAUGGCUCUGCGGAGCGGCCUGUACGUCACCCUCACCAGAGACCAGCUGCUGAGCAUACACAAAGUCUCAGAGGACCUCUUUGACAGCAUCAAAGGAUACAGCAAGCGUGUUGCAGACAUUAAGGAGUGCCGUGAUCACGUCUUAGCCAACAGUGGGGUUCUGCACCGGGAGAGGCGACACUUCCUUCGAGGAGCCCUAAAGGAAUUAGUGAUGGUCCUGGAAGAUGAACCAGGGCUGCUGGGACCAAAGGCUCUCUUUGUCUUUAUGGCCCUGACGUUCUCCCGUGAUGAAGUCCUGUGGCUUGUGCGACACUCCGAGAACAUGCCCAAAAUGAAAACACUUGAGGACUACAUUGACAAUCAGAUGGCGGAGUUGCUCUUCCACAUGGAACGACUGAGACUACUCAUGAGAAAAUACCAACAUGUAGUCCGACGAUACUACGUACAGUACCUGGCUCAGUUUGAUGCCUUGGUUCUCAAUGACACCAUGCAGAAAAUGCAGGUGUGUCCAGAAGAAGAAUCAGUUCUGCUGAGUUCAUUUGUUUCAACUCUUUCUGCGCUCUCAGUGAAACAAGUGGAGAAGAACGAGGAGUUUGACUUCAGGGCUGUGAGACUGGACUGGUUGAGGCUGCAGGCCUACACAGGUGUGAACAAGGCCCCUCUGCCCAUUAAGGAAUACCUGGAUUUGGCCAAAGUCAUGAACAUGAUUCAGUUUCACACCAAGAUGGUGGACGGUAUUGAAGAACUCCUUCAAGAGACGUCGGAUUUGUCUAUUUUCUGUUUCUUCCCACGAGUCUUUGAGAAGAUGUUUUUCCAGAGUUGCGAGGAGAUGACUAUGAAGAGUUACCUGAUGGCCUUCCCUUCCGUUUGCACCCACUUCAGCCAGUGUGGACACCCUCUCUGUCCUGAAGAGGAGGAGGCGGUAGAGAAGAGGAGUCUGCGCAUGUGCGUGACUUUCCUGGAGGGCAUAGCCAAGCAGACCAGUGCAGUCAUGUUGGAGAUUUGUGCUGAGCAGUGCAACCUUCACGAGCAGUUGCAGCCCAAACAUUGUGCUGAAACCAUCAGUGCAGCUCGCUACAGAAAGCAGAAGAAAGCCGUGCAAAAGAAAGGAGAGGUCCACAAAGAAAAACCAGGAGCUGAAAGCCUGAGGAAAGAUCGCAGCAUCACCACCAAUGUGGACAAGAUGCAUCUGAUGCUGACUGAGGUGUGCUCCACCUACAGCCUGUGCACUGACAUCGUGGUCUUUGCGCACACUAUCCUUCCCACAGAGUUCCUGCUUUCUCACAUGGAGACACGCCUUUCUGAGAUCAUCGUGAGAAUGGCCAAUUACAACCAGACCACCCAGGAGAUCGCUCGGCCCUCAGAGCUCCUGGCAAGGAUAAGAGCUUACACAGCCAGCCUGCACAGCCUCCCCAGCUACGUCAAUGUGGACGUGUCCCGGCUGGUGAGGAGUGUCCUGCUGCAGCAAACGCAGCCCCUGGACUCCAGAGGGGCGCAGACCCUCACACACGUUUACACAAGCUGGUACCUGGAGAGUCUCUUACGUCUGGCCAGCAACUCCCUCAUCCUGCAUUCUCCAGCCAUGCAGUGCUUUGUCAAUCAAAAGUCUGACAUCGAACCCACUUUCAGUGCGGAGGAGUUCUCAGAUGUGACAGAAUUACAAGCUCUGGCUGAGCUACUCGGUCCAUACGGACUCAAGUUCCUGAGCGAAAACCUGAUGUGGCACAUCACCUCUCAAGUCAGUGAGCUGAAGAAACUGGUCAGAGAAAACAUGGAUGUGCUGGUGCAGAUGAGGAGCAACUAUGAUAAGGCGGAGGAAAUGAGCGACCUGAGGAGGAGGCUGACAGGAGGAGAGAACCUGCUGAAGAGGAUGACCAUCAUCGGCGUCAUCUUGUCCUUCCGAUCAAUGACGCAGGACUGCCUGAAAGAGGUGCUGCAAAAGCAUUGUCCUUACCUGGUGGGCCCCAUUGAAUGCCUGAAGGACUGCGUGUCCCCUGACACAGACAUCAAGGUGACUCUGAGUGUCUUCGAGCUGGCGUCUGCAGCGGGUAUGAGUUGCGACAUCGAUCCCGACCUGGUAUCAGCCAUCCGCAGCAUGCAGACAGAUAAUAUUUCUGUUGAAGAGGAGUACAAGCUGUCAUGUUUGCUGCUCGUCUACAUCGCAGUGUCUCUGCCCGGUUUGGCCCUCGACCCAAACUCCACCUACAGCCGCGUGCACGCAGGCCACAACAACAACUGCCACUCUUUAGCGUUGGCCAUCAACCAGCUGGCUGCUGCAAUGUUUACCGUGCAGAACAAGAACAUACAACAGCACCUCAAAGAGUUCCUCUUGCUCGCGUCUUCCUGUCUGCUCCAGAUGGGACAAAACUUGGAGAAAGCCGAUAACAAAAACCGAGAUUCUAUCUACCUGCUUCUACACAUGAUUGUGGAGGAGUCUCCGUUCUUGAGCCAAGACAUGCUGGAGAGCUGCUUCCCAUACGUCCUGCUCCGGAACGCCUACAGAGAAGUGUACAGAUCCGUCAUCAUCACCCUCGGGUGAAGACAUCACUUGUUACAUUUAACAUAUAACGUGUCUUUAAAUGUGCAUUAAGUUUGUGUGAGAAUAUACAGGACUGUUAACAGUUUUUAAUGAUUAAACUAAUUACAGUGGAACCUUAAUUUACGAACUUAAUUGUUUCUUGAGUGCUGUGAAUACUCACUAAAUGUUUCAAACCAUG